AUGGUGCCCGUGCCGCCGCCGCAGUGUGGCUUCCAGGCACUCUUGCUGCCUCUCAUACAUACGCAAGAAAAUGCCUUCAAUCCUUGUUUUCUAUUGUUAUUGGUGCUGACAUGGGGCACGCUUCUUGGCGCUGUCACGUGCGUGGUGCUCUUCAGGUACUUGCAAAAACCCAGCUACGGCCCCUUGGCCGCCAAGAACACAGGGCUUUUCCACUGGCUUAGAUGCUCGUUGGUGGUUCUCCACACCUUCUGUUGGGCCCGGCUUUUCUGGGCCGUAUCCUUGGUCGAGCGUCAGGCAGACUCAAAAAUCAUCUCUGUUUCUAUAUUAACGUUUGUGUCUGCUUUCGUCGUGGCUCCUUUGCACUUUAUCGAGACCACGCGUUCGCUCAUUCCCCUGGGCCCUUUGCUUGUGUUCUGGCCCGGGAUGGCUGUUCUUGAUUUGAUGCUUUGGUUCCAGGAUCUGCACACCCAGUGGCCUGUGUUUCUUUUCGAGCUGGGCCCGUUCUGGGAAGCCGUGGCCCUUGUGGCUGCGUUGGCAGUUUCCUACUUGGAAUCGUCCAGAUCCACCUGGGUGCCGUCUCAUCUGCUUCUUUUCCACCUUCAGGCCUCACCACAUCCAGCGUCGUCUCGCCCGCCGCACUUCUUGGAGAAAAUCACGUUUUCGUGGAUGAACCCGCUAGUUACAAACUCACUCAAGAACCAGACAGUGCUGUACCAGGAUCUUCCCGAAGCCCCUGCGCACCUCACCACAGAAAACUACACUCGGAGCCUCCAGAGGCAUCUUGACCACUCACAGAAGAAGUCCACGUACGCGUUAUUCUUGGCAAUAAUGAAAGCGUUUGGCCCUGUCGCCGCCGUCUCAUUCUCGUACGAAGCCUGCGACUCGUUGUUGGCCUUCGUGCAGCCCCAGCUUUUGCGUUUGCUUAUCUUGUUCAUGGGUGACAAGAUCAAAGAUCCGCUGGUCCCCAUUCUCCGAGGCUUUCUAUUGUGUUUUGGAAUGUUCAUUGUGACUUUGGUGCAGACCGUUUUCAACAACCAGUACGUGCUCAAGGUUUUGGAGGUUGGCCUCGGCUGCCGGUCUUCGUUGACUUCGUUGAUCUUCCAGAAAUCGAUCCGUCUUUCUGCUCACUCUCGUUCCGAGCGCUCCUCGGGGGAUAUUGUCAAUCUUGUAUCCAUCGACGCUCCCCGCGUCCAAACAUGCGCACAGGAAAUCAGCACUCUCAUCAUUGCUCCCGCGGAAUUGGUUUUGAGUAUAUGGUCCUUGUACAAACUUCUAGGCAAGUCGGCGUUUGCAGGGCUAUUCGUGAUGCUUGCCUUUGUUCCCGUCAACACGUUUUUUGUCCGAUACCUGAAAAAGCUCAACAAGGUGCAGAUGAAGUUGAAAGAUAACAGGAACCGGAUCACAAACGAAAUCCUUGUGUCGAUGAAGUCAAUCAAGCUCUAUUCUUGGGAAAUGCCCAUGUUGAAGCGUCUUUUCGAGGCACGAAACGAGAAGGAAUUGAAAAACUCCAAGAAGAUUCGUAUUGUGAACCAGUGCGGCAGCUUGAUAUGGACGACAAUGCCUUUCCUCGUAUCUUUCCUGACCUUCGCAAUCUUUGCCUUGGUGGAGAACAGACCUUUGACAUCUGAGAUUGUAUUCCCGGGCUUGACUUUGUUGAACAUCCUAUCGCGCCCUAUCUUGCUGUUCCCGUCUGUGAUCACAUAUAUCACGGAGGCAACCGUAGCGUUAGAAAGAAUCUCAGCAUUUUUGUCGGCUCCAGAAGUGGACCCCAAUUUGAUUGAAGUUGGUUCCGGUGAGGGUCGCGAAUCACUCAACAUAAAAAAUACGUCUUUCCUUUGGCAAAAAUCCCAAUUAGGCAACCCAGUAUCUGAAGAAACUGAGUUCACUGGUCACAAAUAUGCCUUGUAUGGUAUUAACAUGACAGUCAAUAAGGGCGACUUUGUCUGUAUCGUUGGGAGGGUGGGCGCCGGAAAAUCAUCUUUUUUGUCCUCAAUACUCGGCCAGCUUGACGCAGUUGACUCUCUCCAUCCUUCUCUGCUACCUCGGCCGCUUAGAUUAGGUGGAUCCGUUGGAUACUGCUCACAAAACCCUUGGAUCAUGAACGCUUCUGUGAAGGAAAAUAUUACGUUCGGCCACAGAUUCGACGAAGACUACUAUCAACAGACUAUCAGAGCGUGUCAACUUUUAUCUGAUCUCAAGAUUCUACCUGAUGGAGACGAAACGCAAGUCGGUGAAAAAGGUAUAUCUCUUUCAGGUGGCCAAAAGGCACGCCUAUCUCUUGCGCGUGCCGUUUAUGCAAGAGCUGACAUCUAUCUAUUGGAUGAUAUUUUGAGUGCUGUGGACAGUCAUGUGGGCAAGAACAUUAUUUCCAGGGUUCUCACAAAGAGCGGACUUCUCUCAGGGAAGACUAUCAUUUUUGCAACCAAUAACAUACCUGUAUUGGAACAUGCAGACAAAAUCUACUUGUUUGAAAAAGGGACAAUUACUGAACAGGCACCUUUCGACGAAGUAAGACUGAGUGCUUUGUACCCACAACUUAGUACUCUUGUUUCAGAAUAUGGGAAUUAUUCCUCUCGUUCGCAGUCGCCAGAAACAGGAGAAAGUGAAGAUGAAGAAUUAGCAGACGAUAUUCAGUCCCGAACCAAUCGGAAGGCGAGCUUGGCUACAUUCAAGUGGGACCCAUUCAAGGAGAAAACAACCCGAAGGACUGGAAACACAUUGGAGACCUCCGCGAAAGGGAAAGUUGACAGGGAUGUCUACAUCAACUAUAUUAAAGCAUGUUCGAUUUCCGGAAUGUCACUUUGGGUCGGGCUUUUUGUUUUGGCCACUAUUGCUUCCAUUUCGACCAAUUACUGGCUCAAAAGAUGGACCGAGGCAAACUCCAAUAUCGGAGAUAACACCCUGGCACUUCAUUUCAUUGCCAUUUACGCGGUAUUGGGGUUCACAACAAGCGCUCUCAACUUGCUAAAGGGCUUGGUGUUUUUUGUGUUCAUGAGUAUCCGAGGCGGGCGGAAAAUCCACGAUCGAAUGGCUACAAGAUUAAUGAAGGCUCCGAUGAACUUCUUCGAAAGAACGCCAGUGGGCAGAAUCAUGAACAGAUUCAGCAAUGAUAUCAACAAAGUUGAUAGUGCCUUACCACGGUCAUUAAAUGUUUACAUGGGAUCUCUUUUGAGUACAGUAUCUACCAUUGUUGUUGUUGCAUUGGCUUUGCCUGCUUACUUGGUAGUUGUUGUGAUUCUUGGGUUUGUUUAUGGUUACUAUCAGAAGUACUAUAUCUCGGUUCAACGAGAGUUGAAAAGACUUGUUUCGAUUUCAAGAUCGCCAAUAUUUGCUCAUUUUCAGGAAAGUUUAAGUGGCGUGGAAACAAUCAAAGCAUACCAGCAGGAGGACCGCUUCAAUUUGAUCAACAACGCAAAUGUUGACUUCAACAUGAGAACACUAUUCAUGUUAAGGUCCAUUAAUAGAUGGCUUUCUGUGAGGCUUCAGUUCAUAGGAUCCCUCGUUAUCUGGACUUCUUCAACUAUGCUCAUCUACAAGUCUACCACGGCAUCGCCCAUUAGUGCUGGAAUGGCAGGUUUUGUGAUGAGUUAUGCACUCCAAGUGACAGAUACAUUCAAAAAAAUGGUUAGGAUGUCAGCGGAGGUCGAGGCUAACAUUGUGGCUGUCGAGAGAUGUCUUGAAUAUUGCAAGUUACCAACAGAGGAAAACGAGACCGAUGCUUUGCUAGAAGCCCCGGCAAAUUGGCCCAAACAAGGUGCGAUUGACAUCCACAACUACUCCACGAGAUAUGCGAAGAAUUUGGAUCUCGUUUUGAAAAACAUCAGUAUUUCAGUGGAAUCUGGGGAAAAAGUUGGGGUGGUGGGACGGACUGGAGCCGGCAAGAGUUCCCUCGUGCUUGCCCUUUUCCGAAUGAUUCCUCCAGUGGAUGGAUCUAUAUUUGUUGAUGGUAUUGACAUUACAAAGAUUUCGCUUUUCAAUCUCAGGCACAAUCUCAGUAUCAUUCCCCAAGACUCUCAUUUGUUUGAAGGCACAUUGAGACAGAACCUUGAUCCGUUUGAGGAGUACAGUGACGCUAAACUAUGGGAGGUGCUCGUCCAUGCAAAGUUGAAGGAAACAGUAGAGGAAUUGGGCGAAGGGCUUGACAGCCUUGUGAAGGAGGGAGGGUCCAACUUUUCGGCUGGGCAAAGACAAUUAAUGUGCCUUGGACGGGCACUCUUGAAUCCAUCCCGGGUGCUUAUGUUGGACGAGGCCACUGCAGCUGUCGAUGUGCAAACAGACAAAAUCAUCCAGAGCACAAUCAGGACCGAGUUCAAGGAGAAAACCAUCGUGACGAUUGCGCAUCGGCUUGAUACUGUGAUGGACUGCGAUAGAAUAUUAAGCUUGGACCACGGGGAGGUCAAGGAGUUUGAUACUCCAGCAAACCUUCUCAAAGAUCCGACCGGAGUUUUCUACAACUUGUGCAAGCAAGGGAACUACAUCUAG